ACUUUAGAAGAAUUACAGACUGUGCAUUUGCGAAAAGUUAUUCAAUAUGAAUUUGCCAAGCAUAUGCAUGAAUCUAUACCUGUCAUGCAAACUAGUGUUAAAGAUGCCGUCACUAAAGAGAUGAAAGAAUGGCUUUUUCGUGUUCGGCAAGUGACGCGACAAGUUGGUAAAUUAGCUAUGGAACAAAUGAGAUUGCGUCAAGAGCGAUGGAAAGUGAAAGUAUCUCAGAAUCCUGAUUUACGAUCUGUUCCCGUCAGUUCUCCGAUUGAAAUUGUAAUGAAUGAAGAAAACGAAUUUAACAUUAUAAAUAAUGUAGAAGUGAAGAUAGAUUUUAAACCAUUAUAUCAAUGCUUACAUAUUUAUGAAGAGCUUGGGAAGCUUAAUGAAUUCAAAUCAAAUUAUGAAGAAGAUAGAAAGGCCCAGGCAAAUUUGGUUCUUUCAGAGUCUUAUACGUUAAGGGAGAAUAAUGACAAGGGCUUUGAGGCUUUCCUACAAGAUGUUGUUGGGUUCUUUGUCAUUGAGCAUGUUAUCGUGCAUUCAACACAAAAUUUUCGAUCACGAGCAGAAGUAGAUCAUUUAUGGGAUACAGUAAUAGCAAGAGUUGUCAAAACUGUGGCUGAAAGUUUAGAUGAUUGUCGUGAUCCUGAAUUAUUUAAGCAAAUCAAGUUUAGUUUAUUUACGUUCAUUCAGACAUUAGAGGAUUACGGAUAUAAUAUUAACAGUUUUACAGAUUUAGUUAGAGUCAUUUUCCAGAGAUAUUCUGACAUGCUGAAACACAAGUUUUCAGUAGAUUUUCAUCAAACAAUUAUUGAUGAUGAUUAUAUGCCAAUGCAAGUUUCUUUCCGUGAAGAAUAUGAGGCAGUGGCUGAUGCUU